AUGUCGACGUGCACAACCAACUUUGAGCUUCGCCCUGCAAGAUUCUCAGAUCUUUCUUCGAUAGCGACAGUAUGGACAGCGGCGUUCUUUGACGAUGAGAUUAUCGGCGUGAUCAUGCAUCCGCACCGCAAGGAGUAUCCGGACGACGUAUACUGGUUCUUGCUGCGCGGUAUCCGAGAACGGUUCUGGGACUGGCGACAUCGAUUCUUCGUCGUGACAGACGCUGGAAAGGUCAUCGGAGCAGCGGAUUGGAGAAGGCUAGGUAGAGGUGGAGAGAAGUUGGAGUUGGCGAGAGCAGACCCACGUAACCUCGUCGCGUCGGUCGUAAAGACAUAUCACUCCAUGUCUCUAGCGCUCUUCCCCAACCGCGCGGCUGAUCCUACGCGCACUUCCUUCCUCGACACCGCUGUCGCGAACUCUGAAAAGUACUGGACUGGCCAUCGCACUGAGUGCUGGGACUUACACGUCUGUGGUGUACACCCAGACUACCAAGGUAAAGGUGUUGGAAAGCUGUUAGCCACGUGGGGUGUACGCGAAGCGCAGAAGGAGGGCGACGAGGUUGUGGCUAGUGUAUUGUGCGGAGAGAAGAAUAGAGGAUUCUAUGCGAAGGCCGGUAUGGGUGUUGAGGUUUCGGAGUCGAAGGGCGAUGGAGGCGGCAUCGCGUUGUUUUCGAGAUAG